AACAUCUGCGACGAGGCUUAUGUUGCACAUUUUGAACUGAAGUUUUUAUUCCAGAGGAUAAUGUUGAGUGACACGAUUAGAAGUUAGCGCGAUUAAACGCCUUUGGGCCCUGGUUUCCCAUGAUGCAUCGCUUUAUUUUGUCUAGUCGCUCAGGGAGAUGAUAGGGAAUUGACACGGCCGCCCUCCCCUCUCAACAAGGCGAGCCCCAGAAAGCAUCCCCGACAUGCCCCACAAGGCAGGACGCGCUUAGCCGGGGAGGGCUCGUCUGUUCUCCGACAAUAUACAACCUUUUACGCGAUAUUUCGACGCCCGCGUAUUUUUAGCCAUAAGAGGUUGCAAGCCAGGCGUGUGUCUGAACAUUAUCAGCCAUGGCAUCAGCAAACGUAACACUGGAAAAUCAGCUGCACAGUGCACAGAAAAACCUGCAGUUCCUCCAGCAGGAUCACACCAACACGUUGAAGGGGCUACACGCGGAGAUUCGCAGGUUGCAACAGCAAUGUACAGAUUUGACAUAUGAGCUCACCGUGAGAAGCUCUGAUCCAUCAGACAGCAGCGAAGUCCGCUGCAGGGAGCUGCAAAGGAGGUGUGAGGAGCUCGAGGCCCAGCUGAAGAAGAAGGAGGAGGAGAACACGGAGCUGCUCAGGGACCUCGAGCAGAAGAACGCCAUGAUCUCUGUCCUGGAGAACACCAUUAAGGAGCGAGAGAAGAAGUACCUCGAGGAGCUCAAGAUGAAGAGCCACAAGCUGGCCGUUUUGUCCGGGGAGUUGGAGCAGAGAGCGAGCACCAUUGCUUACCUGACCGCGCAGCUUCACGCCACCAAGAAGAAGCUGCUGGCCGGCAGUUCGACCGAGGCCAGCCCCAACGUCAGUCCAGUCACCUCAUACAAACCCACGCCUCCACCGGCCAAGGACCGGCAGCCCGAAACCCCGCGGCGGCGCAUGAAGAAGAGCCUUUCCCAGCCACUUCACCCGGAGUUGACUGAGGUGUAUCGGCUGGGGCCCGACGGUAGGCGAUUGGUCCUGCGGGAGGCGGUGGACGCCAUGCCCGACCCGACGCCCUUCCUGCAGGCCGGGAGAGAGUCUCCCGAGCCGCAGGUGGUGCGAGAACGGCCCGCCGUCAUCCCUCCCAUCGCCUCCGAGCGCUCCGCUGCCGCCGCCCUGGGUGCGACGGCCAGCCCCCGGCACAGCCCCGCUCGGGACCGUCAGCACAGGGCUCACGUGGGCGUGGCCCACCGCAUUCCACACGGCACCGCCGGCCUGGCGCCGCCGCAGGCGGAGCUGGAGACGCUGGCUGUCGACCAGGUCAACGAGGGGAAAGUUGUGCGGAAGCGCUCGGGAGCCGACAGAACAGUUUAACACUGCAAUGCUAACGUGUGUGCGCACACACACACACACACACACACACUGAAAGAGCGGGAAGGAGCCUGAAACCACUGUGUAGCCUGCUUUUUGCGCAACACUGCAAUAUGAAAAUUCUAGUUUUGUUCAUGGUAUUCCAUAAGGACUUUCUUAAUAUGCAUUAGAAAACGAGUACUAUAAAGCAUGCCAAAUGUUUCUUAUUUGCAACCAAUGAGAUCUUGUAUGACACACAGCUUGACUUUUGCUUAGACUUUCUCUUCAUUCUGUCUAAUGUGUACAACGAAUUCUCAGCCAAAUAUCUGCAUCAGUGCCUCCUCGACCGGAUCAACCAUACACAAGCUGUGUUGUGUAUUCGUGGCUCAUAGUUACCUUCACAUAUCUCUAUCUGCUCCAUCGUCUCAACAACAGUCUGGACGUCCCAUCAAACUACUGCAUAGGAUAGAACUGAAAUACUAAACUAAUACUCCCCGAAUGUCUUUUAUCUCCUUGUGAUAGCAGUAUAAUAACAUUACUGUAUGUACGAGCUGCAUAAUGUGCAAUUGAGAUUUGCUAGUGAAGGGUGAAAAAGGUGUAUUUCAUUUCAAGUGUAAAGGAUGAAAGGUGUAUAUUUGGGUGUGUGUGAGCGGGAGAGUGUUUUUCAGAGGGAGACACUGAAGGCCAUUGAUACAAUACGUUUUGGCUUAAACAAUAUCCACUGAUGUUAUUUGUGAUACCAGGGCAUUUUUUGCAACACUGCUGUAAUAGGAUUUUGUGAUAUUAUUAACUGUACUUUGUAAAGGCGAUACAUUUUUAAUGAAUUCUUUUUUUAAAUGUAUUGUUCAAUAGAGAACAGAAAGACACCUCAGAUAUUGACCGUAGUCACUGCACCACCAACAUGACAGUAAUUAUAAUCACUUAAUAACCCGCUUAUCACACGAAUAUUACUUGUCCUUGAAGUAUACAAAUGAAUCUAUACAAUAAAGCAAUGCUUUUUUUG